AUGGGUGAAUUGUCUUUUGUGUCUCCAAUGCAUUCAUUAUGUUGGAGGAAGUGCAGGGACCCAGCCCCACCCAGCAGGCACCACUGUGGUUUGUCGGCUGCUAAAAUGGAGAAGCACGUACCCUACAGACUGUUCUCUGCUUCCACUGUCCCCCCCAGGACCAUCCCCUGUGCUGUGAUAACAUUGCUGCAGGGGUUGGGCUGGGGUAGGGUUGUGGGACUGUUUUUCAAAGGGACCUACUGUAGCCACUUUAAUUUACGUUUACGAGCCUUAGUUCGAGUUAACAUUUGUGGGCUUUCUAUUCUGUGUGUAUCUGCUUAUAGUAGCACCCCAUCUGGCAGAGGUGGGCAGAAUGUCUUAACAAUAUCAUGUUGUUAG